AUGGCGUCCAAUAUGAAGGAACGAAACUUGAACAUCACUCCCAUCUACUCUCUCCCAGCUCCAUCACACAAUUCGACUUCGAAUAUCUUCUCACCGACUGCUCUUUCGAAACCGUCAUUCGAUAUCCGUCCCGAAUCUUCACCGGCUCUUCCAUCGUCAAGUUUAUAUCGCAGGAAUCACAAGGAAAUGGCAUUGUGCGGGGAAUACUUUACAACAAAUGAAGAGUUUCAUGCUCUUCCACCCGCUCUAAAACGAAAGUAUUUCUCAACUCUGGAGCGUCUUCGAUUCGCACAAAGCUCGAGGUCAAAUGCCCUCAAUGAUCUUCCCACACAGAAUACCCGUAGAACUUCUAUUGCCGACCGACGUGGCUUGAAGAUUUCAGAGCUCGAGCCCCGGCGCAGACCUUCGAGACGAUUAAAAAAGAAGAGGGAACAUUCAAUAUCCAAUAGUAAUGAUAAAUCUUGGUAUUUAAGCAAUUACGAAACAUUUCCGGAGACAAUCAAAAGAAAACAAUUUUCGAACGAAGAACAAGCAUUAUUAGCAAGCAGGAUACGUGAAGCAGUUAUAUUGGAUGCGGCGGAUGAAAAUCUCAUAAUCCGAAGACGAUCUCGUCGCAUGGCAUCAGAUCCACCGGUAUUAUCUCCAAGCGUUAGAGGUUCUGUUUUCAGUGGGAAAACUAGCGGGACUCGAAGGAGAGCCUCGAUGUCUAGUAUGGCCGAUACGUUUCUUGACAGUUUCCAAUGGAUCGACGAUGAGUCCAAGUUAGAUCUUCAUUUGGAUGAUUAUCAUGCUUCAAUAUUUCCUUCUCUAAAAAGCGACCGGAAGCCAUCAUUUCGACGACAAAUGUCGAUUUCAAAGCUUCCUUUCGGGCGAAGCUCGAUAUCUUCUAUCACACCUAAAUCUCCAAAUCCCACAUCACCUACCUUCAGCACACAUUCCCGUUCGGCUACAUCAAUAACAGGACCUAGGCAUGCCGCAAAACACAAAGUUAAUUCAUCCCUCUCGUCGAUAGACCCUAAUGCCACCUAUUACCAAGACCCGGAAGCACGACUAAAGCUAAGAGUAUACUUAGCGUCACCGCAGAAAUUCGAUGAGAUAAUCGAGUUUGGAUUUCCAUCCAUGGAUGCAGCGAUGGGUGUAUCAGAGAAGGAAUAUAAACCAUCAAGAUUAAUAUCGAAACGUUCCUCGAGAGACAUGUUAAGGAGAAAGGCGUCGAGUCCAGCAUUUGAACAUUCAUUCUUUAAUGACGAUACUGCUUCACUAUUCGAAGACGAUAAAUCGAUGGCUGAUUCUGACGCACCCAUAACACCCCUGGAAUAUGAAAGCGGAUAUCCACUACAACGAUCUCCAUUUUAUUAUACUGGAAAACCUCUUGCGGACUUUCAAUCUGGGCCCAAUAAAGUACCUAGCAAACAACAAGACCCUUAUACACAAGUCAUGGCAGGAAAUCGAGAACCUACGUUAAGAAUGACGCUUACACGGCAGGAUUUGAGAGAUGAGAGCGCAAUAUAUGGAUGGCAAUCGAAGGAGCCGCUUGUAAUGGAGGAUCUAGAGAAUCAUAGGUAUCCACGGGGACCUAUGGGUGGGGCGGAUGGUUGGGGGCCACCGGUCGAGAAGGAAAAUGGGGUGGUAAAAAGGUUUUGGAAGAAGGUGAAGAGUCAGCGAAAGACUUCGUGA